AUGGAUGUCUCUCUUUGCCCUACCAAGUGCAGUUUCUGGAGGAUUUUUUUGCUGGGAAGCUUCUGGCUGGACUAUCUGGGUUCGGUGCUGGCUUGCCCUGCGAACUGUGUCUGCAGUAAGACAGAGAUCAAUUGCAAGAAUCCCGAUGAUGGGAAUCUCUUCCCUCUCUUGGAAGGGCAGGAUUCAGGGAACAGCAAUGGCAACGCCAGCAUCAAUAUCACGGACAUCUCAAGGAAUAUCACUUCCAUACACAUAGAGAACUGGCGGAGCUUGCAUACACUCAAUGCAGUGGACAUGGAACUCUAUACUGGACUUCAAAAGCUGACUAUCAAGAACUCAGGACUUCGGAACAUCCAGCCUAGGGCAUUUGCCAAGAAUCCUCACUUACGCUACAUAAAUCUCUCUAGCAACCGGCUUACCACACUGUCAUGGCAACUCUUCCAGACGUUGAGUCUCCGUGAACUGAGAUUAGAGCAAAAUUUCUUCAACUGUAGCUGUGACAUCCGCUGGAUGCAGCUGUGGCAAGAGCAGGGUGAGGCCAAACUGAACAGUCAGAAUCUCUUCUGCAUCAGCACAGAUGGCUCUCGAAUUCCCCUGCAGCGUAUGAACAUCACCCAGUGUGACCUACCUGAGAUCAGUGUAAGCCACAUUAACCUGACAGUACGAGAAGGGGAGAAUGCUGUCAUCACCUGCAAUGGCUCUGGCUCCCCUCUGCCUGAUGUGGACUGGACUGUCACUGGACUGCAGUCCAUCAAUACCCACCAGACAAACCUUAACUGGACCAAUGUUCAUGCCAUCAACCUGACCCUGGUCAAUGUCACCAGUGAAGACAAUGGCUUUACCUUGACCUGCAUUGCUGAAAAUGUGGUGGGCAUGAGUAAUGCUAGUGUGGCACUCACCGUUUACUAUCCUCCACGUGUGAUGAGCCUAGAAGAACCCGAACUGCGUCUGGAGCACUGCAUCGAGUUUGUGGUCCGGGGGAACCCACCCCCAACCCUGCACUGGCUGCACAAUGGGCAGCCACUGAGGGAAUCUAAGAUCAUUCGGGUGGAGUACUACCAGGAGGGUGAGGUCUCUGAAGGCUGCCUCCUCUUCAAUAAGCCCACCCAUUAUAACAAUGGCAACUACACCCUCAUUGCCAAAAACCAUUUGGGCACAGCCAAUCAGACCAUCAAGGGUCAUUUCCUCAAGGAACCCUUUCCAGAGAGUACGGAUAACUUUGUCUCAAUCUAUGAAGUGAGCCCCACACCUCCUAUCACCGUGACCCACAAACCAGAGGAGGACACUUUUGGGGUAUCCAUAGCUGUUGGACUUGCAGCUUUUGCCUGUGUCCUUCUGGUGGUUCUCUUUAUCAUGAUCAACAAGUAUGGCCGACGGUCCAAGUUUGGAAUGAAAGGUCCAGUGGCCGUAAUCAGUGGUGAAGAGGAUUCAGCUAGCCCACUACACCACAUAAACCAUGGUAUCACCACACCCUCGUCGCUGGACGCCGGGCCGGACACAGUGGUGAUCGGCAUGACUCGAAUCCCUGUCAUCGAGAAUCCUCAGUACUUCCGACAGGGACACAACUGCCACAAGCCGGACACAUGUUUCAGAGAAGUUAUGUUGAAUCCAAUAAGCCUUCCUGGCCAUCCCAAGCCUCUUAACCGUGGCAUUUAUGUUGAGGAUGUCAAUGUUUAUUUCAGCAAAGGACGCCAUGGCUUUUAGAACUCCUUUACAGCCUCCCUGGUCUGAUGUCACCUUGGUAGGCUGGGCCCUAAGAGAGGUUGGAAGCAGUAGGCCAUUGUUCUGUUUGGAUCCAGGGCUGCUAAACAGAACACUUUGCAAACCAUCUGUGUGCACUCCACUCCCCUACAAACACACCUUUUAAUACCAACAGAAAUGUGUGGUCUCCCAUUGGCCAAUGGCAGGGUUGCCCUUUUUCUCCAAUGAUCACUGUGCUCCUUCUACUUUCCUUCAAGGCACCACCACGGUGAAAACCAAUAAAGCAAAUUAAAAAACAAAAAACAAAACCAGUGCUCUAGGAGCUAACUUUUAAACACACCUAGUUUUCUUGCUUUUCAAAAAAAAAUACAAAAUAAAAUAAACACCACCUCUUCGGCAGCAAAAGUCAAGCCUGGCAGAGCCCAGCCAUCCUCUGGCUUUGCUUUCCUCACUUGAAUGCUUGUGGGUCUCCCUGGCUCUCCUUGGGACAUCAUGUCGCCCUCUUAGUGACCUCGCUGCCACCCAUGUGACCUCAGACUGGGGAAGAGCCACAGACAGCACUUGCGCAGAGGUGGAGACGGCCUGGUAAGAGAGGAAAAGCCAGACUUGAGUGUUGGCAUCGAUUUAGGGUCCCAGAGGGAAGAAGGGAAAACCAUUUUUUCCCCUUCGGUGGAGAAAUUUGUACUUACUUUGAAAUGAUCCUCCCUUCCCAUCUCCUUAUGUCCUCUUCUAUAAGAGGAGGGCUCCCAGUGUGUGCAAAUGUUAGAAAACUCCCAAGGGGAGAUGAGUAUUUUCUCUAGCCUCCUCUCUGGCCUCUCUGUCCCCCAACUCUGCUGUUUUGAUGAGCUUUGCCUGAAGGAUGCCUUGCCUUUGCCAUGGGAAGGAAAGAUCAGGCCAUUGAAUUGGCCACUCCGCCAAGACCAUGGGGACCAGAGAAGCAAGGGCCCUGUGGCCCUUUCUGCCUCUCCACCAUCCCUGGAUCUUCUCUUUUUCUCCCUAUCUCUUGUUCUUGAGUCUAAGAAUCUUUGGAACCCAAUUUAUACACACCUUCAAGGCAAAGAUGAACUGAAGGGGAAAAGAAGCUAAAAUUGGCCUUCUGUGGCCCUUCCCCAGCACCAAUGGAAGUGUCAAUCCUGUUCUCUGGUCAAUAUUUGUGUUUCCUUUGUUUGCUUUGACUCAUGUCUUACUCCAUGGCCACGUUCCCCAAGGGAGAGGACUUUUUUUCCUUCUCUCCACUUGGGGAAAAAAAAAAACAAA